AUGGCGACCACGAAUAUCUAUGAGAGUCGUCAGCGGGAGUAUCGGGCUGGAACAAUCUCCAUGACGGCUCUGGGUGUGGUUUUUGUCAUUCUGAGGUUUUUGGUUCGAUGGAAGAAAGGUCUCCGGAUUGGAGCGGAUGACUAUUAUUCCUCUUCGCAACAUGUGCACUUAAUUUGGCGACUGCUGAUGUCUUUCGCAUGCGUAUACUGCACGACAGUUGGUAUCGUCAAGAUUUCAAUCUUGCUUAUAUACGCUCGCAUCUUCCCCACGAGAGGCUUUCGCAUUGCCGCAAUUAUCCUGGGCAGCAUUGUGGUCGGAUGGGUCAUUGCAAUCAUCUGUGUGAGCGAAAUUUCAGUGUACCUUAAUCACAAGGGCCUGGAACCCUACCCUGCCGGGUACCUGCAUCAACCUCAAGGGCUCGUUUAUCGGGAACGCAGUCCCGAAUAUCCUCACAGAUAUCGCCAUUCUGGCUCUGCCAGUGCAUGUCGUGUGGGGGUUGCAUGCAACCGUGACGCAUCGGCUAUCAGUGAUAGCGGUGUUUCUGUUGGGCUCGUCAUUUUCACCAGCGCCUACCGCUUCUCCACACUCUUCGAAUUCGAGCACGCCGAUACCCCCUGGACCCUCGCCACGGCCUACACUUGGUGUCUUAUCGAGUGCUCCAGCAGCAUCAACUCAGCCUGCAUGCCCACCCUGCGUCCCUUAUUCGUCAUGCUCUCCUCGAAAUUCUCCAGCUCAAUCGGCACCCGCCCAGGAACGACUGGCGCGCAAGGCUCCGGCCUCAAGAGUUAUGACAUGAGUAGUUCGACCUUGCGUCCGGCGGGAGAAGUCAACGGCAAACAAAGAGUGCAAUUGGAGACCAGCCAGCCGGAUGAUGCAUCGGGGGAUGAGGUGCCGCUGAAUACGAUUCGAGUGCAGCGCGACGUGACGUGGCAGGAGACGAGCUAA